GGGAGAGCGCCUGCACGCUCAUGGAUGCGUGGGGGGGCCCCGCGCCCCGCUGGAUCCGCCGCCGCGGGGCCCGGCUGCUGCUGCUGCUGCUCACCGUGCGGCUGGGGAGCGGAGCUGAUAAAGCAGAUGAUGAGGACGAUGAAGAUCUAAUGGUGAAUAAAACAUGGGUCCUUGCACCAAAGAUUCAUGGUGGUGAUGUAACUCACAUACUGGACUCCUUACUUCAAGGAUAUGACAACAAGCUUCGGCCAGAUAUUGGGGUGAGAACUACAGUAAUUGAAACAGAUGUCUAUGUUAACAGCAUCGGUCCAGUCGACCCAAUCAAUAUGGAAUACACUAUAGAUAUAAUUUUUGCCCAGACUUGGUAUGACAGUCGUCUAAAAUUUAACAGCUCAAUGAAGGUGCUUAUGCUUAAUAGCAAUAUGGUUGGAAAAAUCUGGAUUCCAGACACUUUCUUCCGGAACUCAAGGAAAUCUGAUGCUCACUGGAUUACAACACCGAAUCGCUUGCUUCGAAUCUGGAGUGAUGGAAGAGUAUUAUACACUCUAAGGUUGACAAUUAAUGCUGAAUGUUAUCUUCAGCUUCAUAAUUUUCCUAUGGAUGAACACUCCUGUCCUCUGGAGUUUUCAAGCUAUGGAUAUCCCAGGAAUGAAAUUGAAUACAAAUGGAAGAAAACCUCUGUUGAAGUGGCAGAUCCGAAAUACUGGAGAUUGUAUCAGUUUGCAUUUGUAGGGCUACGAAAUACAACUGAAAUUUCCCAUACCUUGUCUGGUGAUUAUAUUAUUAUGACAAUAUUCUUUGAUCUCAGCAGACGUAUGGGAUAUUUUACUAUUCAGACAUACAUUCCUUGUAUACUCACAGUUGUUCUUUCAUGGGUGUCAUUUUGGAUCAAUAAGGAUGCAGUUCCUGCCAGGACUUCUCUGGGGAUCACAACGGUGCUGACCAUGACAACACUGAGCACAAUUGCUAGGAAGUCUCUCCCAAAGGUUUCCUACGUGACAGCGAUGGACCUUUUUGUUUCAGUUUGCUUUAUUUUUGUGUUUGCUGCCUUGAUGGAAUAUGGCACCUUACAUUACUUUACCAGCAGCAGAAAAGGGGACAAAGGAAAAGAAAAGAAGGCAAAAUCUAAGCCAUCAAAACCACCUGCAAUUGCUGUUCGACCUGGAUCAACACUAAUUCCAAUUAAUAACAUUAAUCAUCUCCCUGAACGUGAUGAUGAUUAUGGAUAUGAGUGCCUAGAAGGAAAAGACUGUGCUAGUUUCUUUUGUUGUUUUGAAGACUGCCGCACAGGAUCUUGGCGAGAAGGAAGAAUACACAUCCGUAUAGCAAAAAUUGACUCCUAUUCCCGAAUCUUCUUUCCAACUGCCUUUGCAUUGUUCAAUCUUGUUUACUGGAUUGGCUAUCUUUAUCUGUAA